GGGGCAGUGAUGACGUCAUCUGCCUAAUGACGUCUGACUGUUAUGGUUGAGCCAUAUUGAAAAAUUAUUAAAUGAAAAAUUUAAGUACCAUGAAUUUACUGAAAAUUACUCGGAUACGUCAGAUCACAGUGCUGGUAUUACUAAUCAUCCCUAAACAUGUGCAAGGUGCACAACUGACAGUAACUUUUGGAAAUGGUGACAUGACAAUCACAUGUCGGCCUGGAGACGAUGUUAGCCAGAUAUAUUCAAUAAGCGUUAUAACAGUGUUGAGAGAUGUGAGUGACAGUCGUACUUCAAAACCUAUGACAAUGGCUGCAGCAGCACCACAAAAAUACAAUGGAAACGUCUUUUUAACGGACACAUUAUUGGCACCGAGAGCCACAGUGACUGGGAAGGCAAAUGACACGGAUAUAAAAGGGUCGUUCGUACAGCUUGUCUUCAGAGAAGUAACAUACAGCGACUCGGGUCUAUACAUCUGUGAGAUUGUUUUCUUGGAACAGGACCUCGACUCCAGAACCAUCAGAGACAGAAAGAACAUUACUGUACCCAGUGCACAACUGACAGUAACUUUUGGAAAUGGUGACAUGACAAUCACAUGUCGGCCUGGAGACGAUGUUAGCCAGAUAUAUUCAAUAAGCGUUAUAACAGUGUUGAGAGAUGUGAGUGACAGUCGUACUUCAAAACCUAUGACAAUGGCUGCAGCAGCACCACAAAAAUACAAUGGAAACGUCUUUUUAACGGACACAUUAUUGGCACCGAGAGCCACAGUGACUGGGAAGGCAAAUGACACGGAUAUAAAAGGGUCGUUCGUACAGCUUGUCUUCAGAGAAGUAACAGACAGCGACUCGGGUCUAUACAUCUGUGAGAUUGUUUUCUUGGACCAGGACCUCGCCCCCAGCACCAUCAGAGACAGAAAGAACAUUACUGUACCCAUUGAAGGUGCACAACUGACAGUAACUUUUGGAAAUGGUGACAUGACAAUCACAUGUCGGCCUGGAGACGAUGUUAGCCAGAUAUAUUCAAUAAGCGUUAUAUCAGUGUUGAGAGAUGUGAGUGACAGUCGUACUUCAAAACCUAUGACAAUGGCUGCAGCAGCACCACAAAAAUACAAUGGAAACGUCUUUUUAACGGACACAUUAUUGGCACCGAGAGCCACAGUGACUGGGAAGGCAAAUGACACGGAUAUAAAAGGGUCGUUCGUACAGCUUGUCUUCGGAGAAGUAACAGACAGCGACUCGGGUCUAUACAUCUGUGAGAUUGUUUUCUUGGACCAGGACCUCGCCCCCAGAACCAUCAGAGACAGAAAGAACAUUACUGUACCCAAUCCAAAUGAUCCAGAUGCAGAUGCAGAUCCAGAUUCAGAUGCAGAUCCAGAUGCAGAUUCAGAUCCAGAUCCAGAUCCAGAUGCAGAUCCAGAUCCAGAUGCAGAUUCAGAUGCAGAUUCAGAUUCAGAUUCAGAUUCAGAUUCAGAUUCAGAUUCAGAUUCAGUUCCAGAUCCAGAGCGGAGUGUCAUGGAAACUGCCAUUGUGGCAACAGUAGUGGGUGUAGCGCUGCUGAGUCUUGUUGGUGUUGCGGCUUGGUUUCAUACUAAGAGGAUGAAACGAGCGAAUGCUGAGAGUGACGAAGUGGUGGACCAAACUGCAAAGGAUGAAAACAAUCCUGCUUUCGUGGAGAAUAAUUAAUUAGUUGUGUAUUUACUGAACAUUUGUUUGUUUUAUCAGUUCAUUUUUAUCAUUCAUUGCUCGAUUCAACAAUUUGACCAAUUACUCGGGUACGAAUUCAUGAUUGAAUACCAUCUUUCGUCUGGCCACAGGCGUUGUACUGAUUAAUGAAGUUCGAACAUGUGAUUCAAUACAGUUUUGAUGAUUGAGUUCAAAAGAGAACAGUAUAAAGUUAUCUUUUCCUGUUCUAGUUGUGUAGUAGUGGUCAGUGCACUGCUGAAUAUGUUUAGUGUUAAAUUCAGUUAUAUAAAUUUCAGGUACCAAUGGUACCUGUCUAUUGAAAAAAAGACCUGGUUCCCAUUGGCAUAUUAUUUCAACCCCUGCGCCGAUCACAAAUGCUGUUCAUUGUAGAUUUAGUUAGGCAAGCAUUCCUAAUUUCCAUUUUUAAAAAAAAAAAAAAAAAAUAUUCAAAUUGUUAUGUUUUUAAAUAGUAAAUUAACGAAAAUCCACCCCUCUUUUAAAACAAGUAGAUAUAAAUAAUUAUGUAAUAUAUUAUCCACAAAUGUGUAGGUAGCUUGUAAAAUCAUUAGUCAAAAUAAUAAAUAAAACAGCAAUAGUGAGCCAUACUAAAGAACGUCAUCUGCUCGACGUAGUUUGAAAUUAUAUUUUCUCUUUUGUUUUGCCCUUGUAAAUUAUAUUUGCUCUAUUGUUAAUCUGUCUACUAGUUGGUUAUCAAUUUAGACUUAAUGCUGCGCGUGCGUGCUAAAAACAAAAAAUCAUAAUAAAUCUGUCUUAAUGAGAGUGUCUAGACUGGAUGUGUGGGUCUGCAAAACGCAUGUAACCAGCCACAAGGCAGAUGUUGUAUAUACCCAGGGUGUGCAUUUCAUGGUCGCCCGGUCGCCCGAGGCGUUUAAAAACAACGUUGGGCAAGUCAAAACCUUAUCUUGAGUCGUCCGUUAUGACCUAUAUGAGCCUUUACUGUACUAUGAGUAGGUACUUCUGUUUUAUUUAUAUCUUAGCCAGUGUUUCUUUAUAUAUAAGACAACCAUUACUAUUUACUGAAAAGAACAGCCACUUUUGUCAAUAACAGUGUAUCCAAGUUUAAAGCAAAAACAAACAAACAACAACAACAAAAAAACAAACACAAACAAAAACAAACAAACAAACGAACAAACAAAAAUGUUUUUGUACUAACGGUUUUUUCACUUGUUGGUUCCAUUUUUCUUUACAGUCAGUUUUUGUAGGUGUCUUACCAACCCCAACUUCAGCCAGAAAAUGAUUGGCUAACGUUCGCGAACUAAUUGAUUGGUUCCUAACGUGGCCAUUUCGUUUACUGUGAAGCAAUAAACCAGUCUAGCGGACGUUUUUCCGCUUGGUCUGGCUGAACGCAGCCCAGGUUACUUUUCGAAGAUUGCUUAUUCGCAAACAGCGCAUGGAAUACUUUUGCCGAUGUAUUUUGCGCAUUGGUUCAAUGUUUGUAUGGAUAUUACUGAAGUACAUUUCCGCUACCGUCAAAAAUAUUUAUUGAUUAAAAAGAGCAGGUAAUUCAAGGUUAGGAGCAAUAAAUCAGCUAAAAAAUAGAAAUGUUUGAUAUAUUACUAUAUUUGGCACACUACAGAACUGAACAAACAUGUUCCUUUCGGUUCUGUUCGUUGGCAAUUUGGUUCAUAGAAAUGGACCAACCACGGCUUGGCUCCAGGCCAGACUCUUCUCGAUAAACCUUUAUGUUUAGAAAUGCACAGAUUUGAAUGUAUGCUACGCCUUUGAAGCCAGUUUAAACUAAAGCUUGAUAACCGGACUUCUUCUUUUUUUUUUAUUAUUAAUAUUAUUAUUAUUAUUUAAUUCUGUAACAUUUUACUGACUGAUUAUUCAAUUUAAUAAAUUUUUGGAAAUAUUUCACGCGAAUCCAAAUAGAUUCGGAUGUUUUAUGCUUGCUCGAAUCCUGGCGCGAAUCGGAUUCGGAGAUUCGUGCGAAUUUUUUAGCCCUGACAUUGGCAAGAUAUGAUGACUAGAUAAAUCUCUAUAUGUUCGGUCACUGACGUCAUGUAUCUUGUAAUCUUGUAUGACGUCAUACGGCAAAAGCCUUGCUAGGUUCACCAUACUCAAUUUGCUUACAUAAAAAUGGAAUAAAUAAUGAUUUUCCGCCUAUUCCUGUUGGAUUGCAGGAUAUAAGAAAUAACUGGUUACCGUCUUAAGAUAUCGGCUUUAUCCUGUUCAGGUCGAAUGGUUCGGCAAAGCCCCUUUGCAUUCGCCAUUCUAACCUUUGCAAUAUAAAGCCGAGAUCUUAAGACAGUAAUCAGCUAUUCCAUAUAUAUAUAUAUAUAUAUAUAUAUAUAUAUAUUAAUUAAUCUACUGCGUACUGGCAUCAGUUGCACAUUAUGCAACGUGACUUAGUCCACCAUGAUGAUGUAGAUAGUUACAUAUUGUAUCUCCUCUACAAUGCUAGCCUGUAUUAUCUGCUUUCCUAUCAUUUUGUUUUGGGCUUGGGAUGAUAGGUAGGUAGCAUUUUGGCUGAUGCCCGUGUACUUUCAGAGCUUCUCAUCGAGCUGUGCUGGCUGUUUUAUUAAGGACAGGACGUUUCCUGGGUCUCCACCAGAAUGGAACAUGUAGUUCGUUGUCUCCCCUAAGACCCAUGCAUUGGCGGCCGCAGUACAACACAUCCUCUUCUGCUUACUUGAGGAUGUGCAUAUUUUCAGUAAUGUUGGCCUGCGUUCUGUCGGUUAUGGCCGUGAUAGCUACUGUUGGAUUUUCAACAGACUGGAGAAAUAGUUUAGCUUCUACAAGUGCAGUUAAAUUGGAUGAUUUUUACUUGAUAUUGGCCAAGAACCUUUGAUUUGUGGUGUCAUUUAAUGAAUGGGGAGUUUGGUCAUAAUUCCCAUCUGUUUUCUCACUUUUGGUUUAGUGAAUAAGGAACAGCACAUCGAGAACACCCCACCAACCUUGCAACUGUAAACAAGUCACCAUCCAUACUCAUCCAACCACUGGUGUUCGGAUUGUCUGUUGCAUCCACCAUGAUAUUGUGUUGUGAAGAUGUAGUGUUAGCUUAAUAUAUUGUAUUUUUCAUUGACACCGUCAGACAACCUAUUCACUGAGUUUAUUAUGAUGUCCUGAACAGAUUUUGUGGCAUUCAUUAAAAACUCUAAUGUCUUUGAUCAUUUGUGACUUUCCAUCAUUCACUCUAGUUGUUAGUAAUUGGUCUGUGUCGUCGAGAUCUGCAUACGAGGGUCAUUUUGUAUUUGUAGUGUUAGUGUUAGUGUUUUGGAUUAUCGAUUCCUGCAAUAGUUCUGUUUAACUGAUUUUGUUAGUCGAUGGUCUAUUAGUUUCACCAUGUUAAUUUUCUUGGGCAUGGAUAUCACUUGUAAUGCCUGUAAACGAAAACAAUGAGGAGUCCAAACGCCAUUCAAAUCCCACAUAAAUGAGAGGAAGCAGUGAGUGUCACUUAUCGGAGCUCUCCGAGUUACACGGUGGUUCACAGGCCCAUCUGACGUUUGUACACAUGUUUUGCGUUGAAGGUUCAUUUUUGAAGAAUAUAAACUCAAUUGACCUUUCACUUAUUAGAAUUUAUAAAACGGAGAACAGGAAACCAUAAAACCAAAAGUGUCUACCUGUGUAUGUGUAUGAUGAGUGUGCGUCAAACAUUGCGCUGUCAGCAAAAUGACUUAAGACAUGACCUAUUUAAAUUAUAGCUAUUUGGUAGUUGUAAUACAUAUGUUACAUACACACACAUAGUGAGAGAGAGAGAGAGAGAGAGAGAGAGAGAGAGAGAGAGAGAGAGAGAGAGAGAGAGAGAGAGAGAGAGUAAUACGUAUAUUGGGGGGGGGGGGGGUGCGUGAGAGAGUAUUUGCUAAAGCCAUAUUAUUUUAGCUACUUUUGAUUAUAUUCGACUUCUGAUCAUUGUUUCAGUUCCAUGACACACACACAAAUGUCGCACACUGGCAGAAUUUCGAAAAUUACUGAUAUGCACAUUCCACUGGGAUUCGCUAACCAUUGGUUCUUAACGUCAUUUGUCAGUUUGUUCAUUCUAAAUUAUUAUAAAAAGCAUAAACUUUGAGAACAUGCUACAACGUUGAUCCUUAAAAUGGAAGAAGCUGAAUUUGCUUUUAUUAUAUUUAAAGGAAAACGCCAAAAUAACUAUUGACGCUUAAUUGUUUUGGUGGGGUUUUUUUUCGUGAUUUUUAAUUUUUAGGGGGUGUAUCUUUUGUUUCUUUUUUCUGUUUUCUGUUUUCUGGGGGGGGGGUUUGUUGGGUUUUUUUGUGGGAAGGCGGGGAUAGCAAGUUUAUUACACCAGAAAUAAAUGUGAUAGUGUAACUUUUAACUGGCACUUUAGCAAAAUGACCUGCGGGGGCUUGCUUUCCUAUGUUAAUUUUGUACCCUGGGAUAUAUAAAAGCAUAAAAUAACCUAUGAUAUAUGGGGUUAACAGUGAAGACUGGAAAUUAAAGAAAAGGGGUUAAAGAAUGGGAAAAGGGGCAAAAAGAGAGAAAGAAAGGACCCGAAACAUAAUGACUUUGGUGAUAGAAGUUUGUGCAUUUUGUUUUGUGAUCCAUACUUCUAGGGCAGUAUAUUGGCAUGCCUUGUUUCUAGGAAUUGACUGAUAUGAUAUAUAUUUUUCAAUUUGCAUUUUAUCUUUUAUAAUAUUUAAAAGAUCAGAUAUGUCAGGUGCCUGUUUUUGCAUUUUACGUUUUUUUACAUUAAUAAUUAGCCAAUUAGCAGAGAAUAUUAUUGGUAGUUUUUGUUGUUGUUGUUUAUGAUUCCAUAAGAAAACUUUUUUUUUUAUUGAAUUGUAUGUUUUCACCUUUGUCCUGGCUUCACCGUACAAUUUCGUUAUGUACAUCUUAGACUGGAACAGCCAUAGAACAAAUGUCCCAAUGUUUCUGACUAUGGCAUAACUCACAAAUAUUUUAUUCUAUAUAUUAUAUUUUAUUAACAAAAGUGUUAGUUGUUGUUAUUAUUUUAUAUAGGAUUUAUAUUUAAACCACACUAAUGUUGGGUCUUUUAAAAAUUGAAAUGGUAAAUUAUUGUACUGUUGUACCAAAUAUUGAUUCUAAUUAUUUCAGUUUUACUCUUAGUUUGUGAUAAAUUCAACUUGUUUUCUUUUUAAAUUUGUAUUUUAAUAAAGUAAUCAAAACUCGU